AUGGAGAACAUUAGCCAGCCGGCAGUCGGCAGUCGGCAGCUGCCAGCCGGCAGUCCGCCAGUCCGCCAGUCCGCCAGUCCGUGGCCCGUGGCCGCCGGUGCCAUCGCAGCCAAAAGGCAGGCGCGCAGACGGGAGUGGCAGCUGCCAGCCAUCUGCCCUCUGCCCGGCCCUGUUAGCGAGCCGACCAGACCAGACUGCUUUGUAUUGUCUCGUCUCGUCUCGUCUCGUCUCGUCUCGUCACGACUCGUCUCCCAUCGCCAUCGCGGCCCUCCGCCUGCCAAACAAUAA